GAAUUAACCAGAAGCUUUGGGAUAAUAGACAUCCAAAGAAAUUGGGAUUACUCAUUUUUAAUGAACCUCAGAUAGUUCAUACUUUAAGGAAGUGAUUUCAUCUUUGCAAAGAUUAAUGGAAGCAAGAAUUGGGAAAGGCUUUAGCAAUUUGAAGAAAGCACCAGAACCUUAAUUGAAAGCAAUGCAAAUUUCAACCAAUUCAAACAUGUUAUGUUUUCGAUGAUAAAAAUUGAGUUAGGUGUAAAUUAGAACAUGAACACCAAAUCCAAUUGGGACCUUCAAUUGAAUUUCUAUAUUCGAAUGCCUUUAGAAAAUGUGUAAGAGGAGAAGGAUGGCAACCAGAUAUGCAAGGAGAUAAAGAUGAUCAGCAAUAUAAAUUCAUUUAUUUUUUAAUAUAAAAAUAAUAAAACUGAUGGAAGAAGCUAAUCAGAAACAAAAUUUAUCUUUCCAGAUAGCCUAAUUAGAAGAAGAGUACAAUAAUUACAUAGAGUAUAAAGUCAUUUAAUUUUAGCUCUUCUGAGGUU